CUGUUCAUUGCAUGUAUUUGAUCACGUUUCUUUAUUGAUAGGGAAUUUUCAAAAUUAUUUUAUACUAAAAGUGAGAGUGUGCGGUUUUGUUAAAAAGCCGUGAAAUGAAAAAAUAAAUUAAUACAACUGUUAGCGGAUGUUUUAGUAGCAUUGCUGCUAAACACCCGACUUUGAAUUAAUUUUUGCUAUUUUUAAUUAAUUUAGUUCAGGGACAAACUGCAUAACAGUAGCGAAAGUGUUAGCCGGUUCAUAAAGUUAUCGAACUUGUAAGAAACAUUUACAUGGAACAAUUGCAUUUAUUAACUCAGACGAAACUAAAGAAAAAUUAAUUUAAAAUUCCAUGUCAGUAAACAUUAAUAACAUAAUUUGAGCUGGUCUUAUACAUAAAUAAAAGUAAAAAUCCAAUAAUGAGCACCGCAUCACAAUAUAAAAUGGAAACAGUGUUUGAUUACACUUGGAGAGAAGUUGUUGUUGCUUACUGGAAUCGUUAUCCGAAUCCCUCAAGCUCACAUGUUCUCACGGAGGAUACUAUUCGUCGAGAAGUACGGGAAGGCAAACUAUAUUCUCGGCGUUUGUUGUCUAAAACCAAUCCAGUACCUAAAUGGGGAGAGCGAUUUUAUAAGAAUGUGCCAGUUAAAAUUAUAGAAGAUUCAGUACUCGAUCCAAAAAAGAAAACGCUAAUUACUUUUACAAGAAAUAUAGGUUUUAAAAAAAUAAUGAAAGUGGAUGAAAUAGUUGAGUACAGCGAGUUAUCAGAUGGACGCACACUAGCAGUAAGAAAAGCCUUCAUUAGUUCGCAAGUGUUCGGUUUUUCGCGUGCAAUACGUGCUUUUGGUAUUGAACGUUUCAAAUCAAAUUCCAAUAAAGCUGCAAAUGGAUUUAAUUAUGUCCUACGCAAGAUGUUCCCGAAACAUGUUUCUGCAUCUUUAGCAACACAAUACGCGACCACAGAUUAUGCCAACACAUCGAAAAAUGAACAAAAUGCUUUAUUGCCUAUAAGUUCUACUUUGAGCAAAAGCGAAUCUAUUAAAAAGGCUACUAAAACUAGUUAUGAAAUUUUGAAGUCAUAUGCUGGCAAACUGGCGCAAAUAUUUUCUAUACGAAAUUAAACCAAUACUACAGUUAACUAAUACUACAGUUCGUCAUUCUAAAAUUUAUAGAAAAUGUGCAGAUAUAAUCUUUGAACAUAACUUUGGCUGGUGUUUAAAAAUAGUUUUAGUAGAUUUGUAUGUAAGUCAAUUAUAUUAUACUACAUUAGUGUUGAAUGCAAUACCUUAACGGUACUAUUUAAUAUUGCCAGCUAUGGUAGAUAUACACAAAUAAACUGUCGACAAAGUACGUAGUCCGAUUACAAAUAAUAACAUAUGUAAAUUUAUAUUAGAAAAUAUAUGUUUUCAUUCCAACAAUAUUUGUACCAAUCGAUUAUAUUUUGAACUAAAUAUAUUGUUUUCUUGUAAAUGUAUUCCUUACUUAAAUUGGCAGUAUAAUGUAUUUUAAUGUAAUAGAUAAGAAAUUUUAAAUUA